UGGAACUUACAUUAGUGUAAACAGUUCUCAGCAAAAUGCGGUAUAAUUUGUUUGCCAGUGCCUUAAAGCUGCUAAAUAGCGCAAAGAAACCCAAUUUAUUGGUUGUCAACGUGCGCAGCUUGACCGGCGCCGCCCAGACCAAUGACGCAGUGGCUCCAACCGCACGACCACCGCCAGUGGCGCCCGGGAAUCCCGCGGAGGAGCAGCGAUCGCUGCACAUCGCCGUAAUCGGAGUGCCCAAUGUGGGCAAGAGCACGUUCAUCAACAACACGGUCAACCACCGAGUGUGUCCCACCUCGGCCAAGGUGCACACCACCCGCCAGUCGAACACGGCCAUCUGCACCACCGGCCAGACGCAGCUGGUCUUCUACGACACUCCGGGUUUGGUGACCCAGCACGAGAUCCGGCGGCACCACCUGGAGCAGAGCUUCAAGAGCGCCUAUCGCCAUGCCAUCCAGCAUGCGGACAUCAUCGCAGUGGUGCACGAUGCCUCGAAUGGCUAUACCAGGAAGGAACUGCAUCCAACUGUUCUGGACACGCUCAAGGCCUAUAGCAACCUGCCCAGCUUCCUGGUGCUCAACAAGAUAGACGCCCUCAAGUCGAAGCGCCUGCUGCUGGAUCUGAUCAAGACCCUCACCAACGACACACUGACUCCGGGCAAGCGAGGAGCUGCAGCAGCGGAUCCCCAGCCCAAGGAGCUUAGGAUCAACAAAAAGGAGUCCAGCUGGAGCCACUUCAGCGACGUGUUCCUCGUGUCUGCCCUGACGGGAAAUGGCCUGCCCGAACUUCAGAGCUACCUGGUUGGCCAAGCCAAGCCAAGGUCUUGGAAAUACCCAGCCGACAUUCGUACGGACACAAGCCCGGAAGCUCAGAUUGUGGAGAGUGUGCGUGCCCGCCUGCUGGACUACUUGCCGCAGGAGAUCCCCUACAACCUCAAGUGCGAGCUGGAGUACUACAGUGUGGAGAAACAUGUGAUCUACACCUCCGUGCAGGUUCAGUGUCCCACCCCGCGAAUCGAACGUCUAAUCUGCGGCGAAGGCAAUGGAAAGCUAAGGCAGAUCACGGAGAGGGUUACCUCGGACCUCGUGGAGAUGUUCGGCCAGGCGGUGUCCCUCACCAUAUCCACGGUUUCCAAGGGCAAGAAGAGUGCCUCAUAAACAGUAGUUGAUUACUUGUACUUUAUUUGUAACGUUGCAUAAACCUAAGAGUUCACAAAAGCUUCAAA